CUCUUCUCAUGCUCCCAGUUGUUAAAUGGGAGGUUUUAGCAACUCUUGCUGAAAAAGGCUCGGGCAAAAGCUUCCCAGCCUUGACGGCUGUUUCGUGUGCUUCGCCGCUGCUUUCUGGUGAGGCGACGGGUCCCUGUAGAGUUAUUGUUUCCGGACUCCCUUUGCCCCUUUCAUCUCAGGAUUUAUUUUUUGGCGCGCUCGUUCAAGUUUGAAUUUAGAUCGGAGGAAGAAGGGAGAAGCGACGUUAGCAUGGCUGCAGAGCCGUUCCUCAGCGCCUCUCCUACUCCAGCUGACAGGGAUCAGGCGGAAAACGAAGAGGGAGACGCCGGGCAAAGGGGCAAGCAGGCAGCGGCCAAAGCCCGCUGGACGCUUCUCAGACAGGUUUUGAAGCAAAAGCCCUUGGAGAAUGCCCAUCUUCAGCAAAUAUCAGUACGGCGAUUUGCUUCAUUUGGUCUCUUCUCAAUAACGGAAGACAGUAAAGUUACAGAAGAUGAUUCAAGGUACUGGGUUCAGUACAAAAGCAUCUAUUAUCCUGACUAUAUUAUAUCAUUAAGGCGAUACAUCAAGCUUUUCUACUCCAGCAAGAAUUUACCAAGUGUUAAAUCCUCAGAUUGCAACUUCUUGGUGACAGUAAAAGGGUGA